ACAGUAUCGAUAGUAAGAAAUAAAUAUCGAUAGUUGCCAUGUUACUGUCGUGUGAUAAAUACUUGUAAGGCCAAAUAGUGUAAGUGGUCGAUCGCAAACAGCUGAUAUUGUUUAUAAGUCUAGAAUAAGCAGUCGAUCCUUUUACUAAUUAAGUUAACAUGCUGCGUAGAUUUCCAAACACACUUAAAUUGUGGAGUCGAUCAAUUCCUAUUCGUUUCGUCAGUAACACAAAUGUUGAAGAAUUUUUAAAGGUAAAAAAUGAGAAUGGAGUGCGUGAAAUCACAUUAUGUCAUCCGCCUACUCGAAAUUCACUAUCGAUGGACAUGAUGGGCGUUCUACACGAGGUACUGAACGAAGAUAAAGAUAAUUUGAAUCUGCGUUGCAUUGUUCUCUCGGCUGAGGGCAAAGUUUGGUCGGCUGGCCAUAAUUUGAAGCAGCUACAACCUAAUGACUUGCAAUACCGUGAUGCUGUAUUUCAAAAGAUGACGGACCUAGUUAUUGGUAUACAAAAGUUACCUGUGCCAGUCAUAGCAAAAGUAAAUGGGUAUGCCGCUGCGGCUGGUUGCCAGUUGGUUGCUUCCUGCGACAUUAUUGUGGCCACCGACAAGAGCAUGUUUUCCACGCCCGGCGCUGCCGUAGGCGUCUUUUGUAAUACUCCCGGCGUAGCUGUUGGUCGCGUUAUGUCACGUCCGAAGUCUGCCUAUAUGCUUAUGACUGGUUUGCCUUUAACCGGCCAGGAGGCAUAUGUUGCCGGCUUGGUCACCAAAGUCGUGCCGGAAAGCGAACUGGACAAAACGAUCGAUGAUAUUGCCAACGCCAUCAGAGCAAAGAGUCGUGCUGUGAUUGCCCUAGGCAAGGAAUUCUACUACGAACAGCUGAAUCUACCGCUUGAACAAGCUUACGUUAGGGCUAAGGCAAAAAUGAAUGAAAAUCUGCAAUUGGCUGACUGCAUGGAGGGCAUGAGUAGCUUCGUUGAGAAGCGUGCGCCCAAAUGGAAACAUACUUAACUGAAAUGAAACGAAAUUAUUAAUAAUUUCCUGACCUUUUCCUGAUCAAUUGUGCAUUUAAUUUUUUAAAAACAAAUAUAAUUAAAUACUUUUUACGCAUUUUAAAUAUUAUGGAACA